AUGAGGAUUCAGCAUCCUCCGGGUGCAGCAGCCCUCCCCCCUCUGCAGCUUCUCCAGCAGUAUGCCCGACGUUCAAACGGAAGCAGACGCUACCAUUUUGAAACACAGCACCGCUAAGCGCUAUGGACAAGAGCCACACAGUGAAGCUUUUCGUGGGAAACCUGGCUCUGGACACCACCCAGGAAGAGCUGUCAGCCAUAUUUGAACCGUACGGCCAGGUCGUCAGCUGCAGCGUGCUGCGACAGUUCGCCUUUGUACACCUGCAGGGCGAGGGGGCGGCCGAUCGAGCCAUUCGGGAGCUCAAUGGGAGAGAGUUUCGAGGACGAAAUCUGGUGGUGGAGGAGUCAAGGGGGAGGCCGUUGCACUCCACAAAGGUGUUUGUGGGUAAUCUGAGUGGGAUGUGUACCACUGAAGACCUUAAGCAGCUGUUCCAGACAUUCGGGAAAGUCCUUGAGUGUGACAAAGUCAAAGGCUAUGCCUUCGUUCACAUGGAAAACAAGGAAGACGCUCUUCAGGCCAUCGAGGCAUUGCACGGUACUUCGUUUAAGGGCCGGCCGCUGUCUGUAGAGCUAUCCAAGGUCCAACCCAGCAAGCAGACACCCACGGGGAAAAUCCCAUGUGUUAACUGCGGGAAGCAGGGCCAUUAUGCUGGAGAAUGUCCGGUGGGCAAACCGUCUUUAGAGCAGUACCAGAGCCAGGCUGCAGUCCUGGCCGCUGCUGCCGCCGCAGCCGCCGGCCUGCCUCUGCAAGUUCAACAGAGCGUGCACAAUUCAGUCUACAACACAUCCACCUUUGACCCCACGUAUGCAGCUCUCACGGGAAUCACCACUGGUACACGUACUGAUGGAAACCCGGUGAAUCCGGCUGUCUACGGCGCCCUUGCCAGCCAGGUGUAUGGUGCUAAUGUGGCCAACCAGCUCUAUGGGACCGUGGCGAGCCAGGCAACUCUUACAUCAGGCACCACACAGGUGUACAGCUCAGUGACGCCCAAUAUCUAUGGCCAGGUGGCUGCAUCUCCAGCUGCUGCUGCUGCCGCCGCAGCGGCAGCUGCCGCUUACACAACUCCAGUUUACACCCCGACUGUAGCCAACCACCCUGUGUACCUGGCAGCUGCUCCUGGAAUAGAGAUGCCAGCAGCAGCAGCUACAGUGAACCCUGCUUAUUCUGUAGCUCCUGCGAUUUAUGGUGCUGCCACCCCAGCCUACGCUCACAUCAGCGCCAUGGGAGCAGCAGAUCCAGCCUCAGCCCUGUUUGAGGCUGCCAGGCAGGCUCACUACUUUGCCCAAGGCCAGCAGGUUGUGGCUGAUCACCAGACAGCUGCUGUGGCAGCCGCUGUGGCCAAGUCAGGAGAGAGAGACCGAAGUCCUUUACGCAGGUCGGCACCGCUUCUGCCAGACCCGGUGAUGAAGCCAUUCAUAUACCAGCGGGCCAAGCCACGCAGACCCUUGCUACCGACGCCAGCUGGUCGUGCAGCAGAAGAGGCGGUAGAGGCACCGGAAGAGUCGAUGGCCAGGUACUACGCCGAGUACUACCAGCAGUUGCAGCAGUACCCUCAGUUCCAGUAUGCCUACCCAUCGAACACAGUGGCAGCCAUUGCUGGCAUGCCAGGAGUCACGGGAGUCCCCGCGAUGUCUGCUCAGCCAGUCGCUACGCUGGAAGCCCUCAGGCCAGUGGUCCCCGCUGCUGCCGCAGUGGCAGCUGCCAUGGCUGCGCCCAGGGUGUAUGAGCCGCCGUUGCCGCCGCCUACGCGCAAGGAGGCCAUCCUCCACCGCCCCGAACUCUCCCUUCACACGCCUGAGCCCCCCUUCCGAUAGUUGCACUCAACUGUCUGCCCCCGCCCCCUCUCCCUCUCUGCCCUGAUCCCUCACCCCUACAUACUUUUUCCACUCAAAACUUGACCACCUCUGUAUGUAUGCGAGUGUGUGUGUGGCUGGGGGAUUUAAAACUGAGGGCUGUUGGGCUUAAUAACUUGCUUUACGACGGGGCUGACCGGCUAACCUUGGUCCAGUUUGCAUGACCACAGUGCAGCUUUGAAGACAGGCCUUCAUCUAUUUUUAUGGGCAUUCUGUGUGCUUUUCUGUUUUAACUUAUCGUGCCAGUCUCACACUUGUGCCAGUAUUAGACUGACUGAGUCAGUCGUUUCUUUUGCCUUUAUUUCUGCAACCCAGUUAUGAUUUUCUAGGGCCAAAUCUCCAGUAAUUUACAUCAGCCAUUCUACUUAGGCCUAGAUGAUCAGGUAGGGCAGCUAAUUUGAAACCUUUUUUGCCUUAUGUUGAUGAGUAUCAAUUUGUAAUGUUCUUAGAUGAAAUGCACACUCGUGUACCAGCUGCAUUGUACUGUGUCCAACAGAACCAAGGUUAAAGUAUUUUGGGGAGAUUGUUUGUCCUGGAUGCGAUGUGGAUGUUGUACGUGUGGUUGCGUGAGACGUGCGGGCUCUUGAUUUUUGCAGCGCACAAACGCAGCAGCAGCUAAGACUGCGCUUUGCAGAGAAAAAAAAACAAACAAUAAACGUAAAGCACACAUAGACGUACUGUAAUGUUUAUUCGUAUCUAUCCUCGCCCCCUCCUCUGAAUCUCAUCCUCACCUUUAAACUACGACACUGAAAGACACUGCUUCACCUUUUCCUCUUCCUAACUACAGCUGCCUACCUCUUAUUGUAAAUUUCAUUGUAGAUUGUAUUUUGUUCUGUACGUCUCCACACAUUUCACCCCAUCAGCUAUUGCAGCUCCAUGUAAAGCUGCAGCAGUUCAAAGUCUGGGUAGCUGGAUUUCGUUUUUUUUGUUUUCUUUUCUUUUUUUAUGUAUUGUAUUUGGUCCUCUUUUAUGUUCAGAGGCCUUUUAAAACACAGAAAAAAGUGUAAAUAGUUUAUUUCCAACAUUAUAGUUUACAUGUGACAUAAGUCAACCUAUGGGAUGUGAUGAGUUUUCAACGGGAAAAACAAUGCGUAACUACUGAACAAGUUUACAGAAGAUAUUUGGAUUGCAUCCUUUUAGAAACCAUUAUAUGUGACAAGGUCAGUCAUGUGCCUCAAAACCUUUAGUGAAGUGCAUUAAGUGGAGAGAUCUCCAAUUUUAAGUGCUUUUUUUCCAAAAUCAUUUCAACUGAAGCAACAUGAGCCUCAAAGCUCAGAAUCCAGAGGGCUACAAGUGGUAAAGCUUCCACACCUCCUAAUGGGUCUGUUUAUUGCAAACAUUUUUUUUUAAAACAAAGUGAGCCUCAGAGGUUCAUUAUAUAAGCCUUUGGUUUUAAGCAGAAACAGCAGUGAUAGCACCAACGAAGUGAGAGAUGGGGCAGUGUCUUCCAGUAGCCCCAAAAUAUCCGCCAUUUCUCCAUCAAACGCCAGAUCUGCUUUAGAUUCUGAUUCCAAAAAGCAUAUUUGAGUAUGUUUUUACUUGUCAAGUCAUCUGCAGUUCCUUGCAAAAAGAAGCAUUUCUACCUCCUGAAAUGUUGUCACUUUACAACCAUGAGUGUUGAUGUAUUAACUGAAAAUGAGCUGAUGCAUUUCAGCACAUAAUUGUGAAGUAGAAUGAAGAGACUUCAUUGCUUUCAAAUUUUUAGCCACAGAUGCUCAGUUAAAUGUUGGUCGGGUCAGUGUAAGACAUUAAUAUGCUUUGAUCUAGUAUUCUAGGAUUGCCCUGUAUUUAGCUCCAUUCAUCCUUCUGUCAACUCUAAUCAGCUUCCCUGUCUUGACUGGAGAAAAGCAUGGCCACAGCAUGAUGCUGACACCACCAUGUUACACUGUAAGAAUGGUGUGUGCAGGGUGAUGUACCUUCAUUUAGUAUUUUUCCCCAUGUGCAGCAUUUUGUAUGAAGGCCAAAAUCGGACAUUUUGGUCUGGUAUGAACAGAGCACCUUCCUCCUCGUGUUUGCUGUGUUCCUUGCAUGGCUUCUUACAAACUGCAAACUGGACACAUUAUGGAUUUCUUUUUGACCUUCUUCCCUAAAGAACAGACUUGUCUAAUAGUUGUUUUAUCGACAGAUUUUUCCCACCUGAACUGUGGCUCUCUGCAGCUCCUCUGCGAUAACCAAUGAGCCUCUUGGCUGCUUGCUGAUCGGUGCUCUCCUUGUCUGGCAGUUUGGGUAGGCAGGUUUUGCAGUCGUGUUAUAUUCAGAGAAGCUGUAUCUACGCUGGGAUUAAAUCAAACAGUUUACUCAUUACCAGACUUCUGCGCUGGAUUUUAUGAAGAGUUAUGAAAGUGAAUGUGGUUGAAUAUAGGGGUGUCCUGAUCCCAUAUUGAUAUUGGUCUUCCAAAAUCCUUCACCCAAACCCCUUUGGUUGAUAAUAAAUAGGUCAGUUGUUCUCAUACCAUUUGUUACUGACUAUUGUUCUCUGAGUAAUAUCACUCGAUCAAACCUUUUCUAACAUUCCACACUAACGUAUGUUUGAUUCGUGCUGAUAUCAUAUCGUGCCAGUAUGCUUAUCAGCCAAUACUCAAAGCUGCAAUAUUGGUAUCGUGUUGGAAGCAAAAAAAAUAAAUAAAUCUUUAGCGGGACACCUUUAGUUGAUUAUAAAUGUUCACAUUUUUAUUUUUACACAAAUCCUACCCUUCCACUUCACAAAUUAUGUUCUACGUUGCGCUGAUCUAUCACAGAAAACCCCAAUAAAUUAUACUGAAGUUAGUGGUUGAAAGUGACAAAAUGUGAAAACGUUUAGUGGUAUGCAGUAUGUUUGCAAGGCACUGUAGAGAGGGUUUAUGAAUUUUUUGGAUAUUGAUUUUUUUAUUUUUUUUUAUUUUUAUUUUUUUUCUAAAUCUGGAAUUGGAUUUCUUGAUGCGUUUCACAAUGAUGCCAAAGUCCAGAGUGGCGACUUCCAUCCAUUUACAAUCAGUCAUUUGUGUUGCAGCUAGUAUUUGACAGCAGACCAAUGCACAAACAGAAAAGACCUUCUGAAAUCACCUGACUGCCUCAUUGUUUCCCGCUUCCCCACUCCUUCUGUGGUUUUUAGUGGUUAUAAGUGACUUUUGCAUCUCAGAGUGUAAUCUUUCCGUGUCGUAUAUAAAAACACAUACCGGUUGCAUCCUUUGUAGAAUUAUGUGGUUUUCAAAAUGUUUUGUUUGCCAUGUAUUUUUUAGAAAAGUAUUUUUAAUUUAGCCUUUUUUUCAUAUAGAACAGUGAAAAAAAAUCAGCAUGCCUUUUAUUGAGAAAAUGUAUACUUUAAACCUUAUACUGAUAAUAAAGAAUGUUUGGCUGACUACUGUGGUGAGAGAAAGCAAAGGGUUUGGACAUUUCGCCUUCUUCCUGUUUAUGUUCCUCUCCGUUAUCUGUCUCUCUUGUGUAAAAAUGACCACCAGACCCAUUUGACUGGGGAUCCAGGGGGAGGCAGGUGUAGAUGCUGGCCCAGCUUUGCUCACUUUGGUCAGGGUAAGUCCGGGUAGGAGCUCCUUCCUCUCUCCAGCCUCUCAAACGAGAAUAUCCCAAAUUUAGAGUGCUAAGAGCGGUGCCUAAAAUUGAUUUCCAUGUGUAAGAUUGCAUUGUACACAGUGAAGCUGCUGCGAGGGCUGGGGAGAGGCUCACAGAUAGAAUGGCCUGGGUGCAUUUUGAUCUGUGGAGCAGUCCCUUUCUUGGGGUUUGAUGGGUGUGCGUCUGGUCUGGUCCAAGUCUGGUCUCUCUCCUUGCUGCACCAAAUUCUCCCUUUUCCGUGUGUCUCUGUGUUCACUAUGCUCUCAGACCUGCAUGUGUGAUAAUCUGUAACUGUGCCGCAAGAGAUAAAAAAAAAGCAAACAAAAAAACAGCCCACCUCGACAGUCCAGCUCUGAACUAACUAUCUCAACUGAAUUAGGUCACCAUGCUACCUGGAACACCCUGUGUGCUGCCUCGCGUGAGCCGUGGGGACGACUUUUAGCGCGACGCCACCGCAGUGGAAACUUGUUGUCUCUCUUUCUCUUCACCACCAAGGUAAAUCGACUAAAUGCAAAAGAAAGAAAUCAUGACAGCACUGACAUCUCUUCUCCCUAAUUGCCCCAUCCCCUUCCUCACUUUCCUUUGACUUUGGCUUGAUACAACACUCCUACCCCUCUUCCUUCCCUCCGCCAUUACCACCUCCUUUCUCUCCUCCCCCCUCCCUGAGUCCGUAAUCUCUCUUCUACUGCAUCGGCAGUGUUUGUACCUGUAGCCUGGGUCUUCUCACUGGGAGUGAUGGGCCGGCUGGGGUGGGGCAGGGUUAAGACCCCUUCUUAGGACUGAUCCUGUCCUGCAUCAGCAUAUUGAGGUGCCCUUUGUUCAGUUGUUGUGUGAGCUGGUGAACAAUACGUGCGAUGUGUCAGGGUGCGUUUGAGUGUGAGUGUGGGUGCUAAAAAAAAACACACAAAAAAACGGGAUACUUUUUGGGCGCCAUUUCAUUGGUCAAUGAGGCUUGGCGUAAGUGGACACACCCCAAACCCUUCCCCUUGCCAGCUAAUCAACUCCUGUCCACCGCCGUAUUCGCCGCCCUCAACCCUCCUCACUCUUCCUUCCUUCCUCCUCCUCCUCCCCCUCUCCCUCCUUCACCCCCGCCCUGCUCUCCCUCUUUGCGCAUCUCCUCACCUCUCCGCCGUCCACGCACACAGCGCUUUUUGUUUUUUUACCCGCCGGCACCGCCGCCACCUUGGAUCUGGGUUCCAUCGCUCUGGCUUGGACUCAACUUCCCAGAACCACCCACCUGACCCAAAACACCUCCCUCCCCACCAUCCACCUUUGUUACCAUAGACGCCCUGGCGUGCCGAAAAGGACUAUGUAUUUGUGGCGGCCCUCCUUUGGACUUUGUCCUGUGACACAGAGAGACUUGAGAGCUCAAGGAAUUGCUUUGCUGCAACUGUUGAAUGUUGGUUGUCCAUAACAUGGCUCUGGCAGGGGAUGUGAAGGCAACGUGUAAUGUAAAGCAACUUGAAACAGAAGAUUGACAGUUGUCAAUCAGAAAGAUCCUAUAGGAAAGGCCAACAGGCCAGACUGACCUGUAGAUUCUCCUCAAUCUCAGGGUUCCUAUAGGACUUUUCUGUCACACGUCAUCUUAGUAGCUUGUAUGUGUACUUACUUACUUUUAGGGAGUUCAAUCUCUGGACCAGGUUUUCAGUUAACUUGUCUCGCAUUUCCCAUAAGAGUUUCUGGAUGGGAGUGAUGCUCUCUUUAUGCCUAACAAGCAAGAAAGCACAAAAUAUUUGAAAAUUUUAUGGGGUGAGUUCUUGGUUUAGUUUUGAAGGUAUGGAACAAUAAAAGGGUUAAAAAUCUAUUUUCGUACGCAGCUCUUGUACACAGGCCAGUUUUAUUAUAAUAAACCUAAACCAGAGUAGGGCCUCCGUCCCAAGCUCCUCUCUCCCCGCUAGCGCCUCCAUACCUCCUUCUUCACUCUCCCAGCUCCCCACUAAAGGCUUCUUCUGGCGCUUGUAAGUCUGGGCCUUCAAUCAUGCUUGGGUAAAUGCAGUUCUGCAUCUCUACAAAAGAAAAGAAAAAA